GACGCGAACACUCAACGACAGCUGGUAAUAUCCACGACAGCAUCAGCAUCUCCAUCGCCGCAUCCCAUCGCCCGCCUGCUGCGCCAACGUUCAGUCAAUUGCAUCCAACGCACUGCGGCCACGAUAAAUACUCCUUUCUUACUUUCGCCCCGUACCAACUAGACCGCCGCCCGCCCGUCCCCGUUCCUUCAUAUCAAAAGCAGCCAUCAUGGAUCACCGUCCAGUAGCUUGGGGUAGACCCAGAGACGACGUCUACGGCGCCUACGAUGCCUCGUACAUGCAGGACAAUGGUCCCAAGCAAAACACCCAGCAGCCCAUCGUCACAGGUACCUCCGUCAUUGGCCUCAAGUUCAAGGACGGCGUUAUCAUUGCCGCCGAUAACCUAGCCUCAUACGGUUCCCUUGCCCGCUUCACCGACGUCAAGCGUCUGCGCAACUUCCAGGACACUUCCGUUGUCGGCUUCAGUGGUGACAUCUCCGACAUGCAGUACCUCAACCGCCACCUCACAGACCUAACGCUCGACGAGAACUACUCUUCGCCCGACAAGGCUCGCCUCUGCGCCGCCAACCUCCACCGCUACCUCUCGAAACUCAUGUACAACCGCCGUUCCAAGUUCGACCCCCUCUGGAACCACCUGCUCAUUGCUGGUCUCGAUGACGACGACAAGCCCUUCUUGGCUGCUACCGAUCUCCUCGGCAGCACCUACUCAUCUCCCAGUCUGGCUACCGGCUUCGGUGCCAUGCUUGCCCAGCCCGUUAUGCGCAAGUAUGCGCCUGAUGAGGAGUCUGCGCUGAAGCUUACCGAGGAGGAGGCCGUCAAGAUUAUCAAGGAAUGCAUGAAGGUACUCUUUUACCGUGAUGCUCGCAGUCUGGACUCCUACUCCAUGGCCAUUGUUACCAAGGAGGGCGUUAAGCUGGAGGAAGACCUCAAGUUGGAGAACCAGAGCUGGGCUUUUGCCGAUAGAAUCAAGGGAUACGGCACACAAACCGUUUAAAGAAAUAAAAAACUGAAAUAAACGGUUGAGAAAAGGAUACAGCCUAGGAUGUGAUACGAAGCAGUUUUGAUAGACGCAAACCCACAACUAGUUGUAACAAUAAACUAUUACAUUUAUCUUCUGCCUACACCACCGCAUUUAACAUUCACAUACAAUGCUUGUCGUAGCUUGAUAGAAAUUCAUCUUUCAUAAUCAUCUAACAUCUAAUGGCCCUAUAAACCAAUGUACACAUGUUAAUGCCGGUGCCAAAUGCCACCGUCACUAAACACGCCAUUAAAAUAUAAAAAGAGCAAGGCUGACAAUCGCAAUACAAAGGAAAUAGCCAAGAAAAACCAAAAGUCACGCACUCCUUCACCACUAGUAUAUCCAUCCAAUAGUUACAUCAUUGCCCCUUUUUUAUAGUGUAUGCACAGGUCUGUUGUUCGCGCAAAAUGACAGUGCUUACUCGACAGUGACAGACUUGGCCAAGUUACGGGGGAAAUCAACAUUAAGACCCUCGAGGACAGCAAGCCAGUAGGCAAUGAGCUGCAGGGGAAUGACGUUGAGGAGACCCUGAAGACAAUCGACAGUCUUGGGGAUCUCAAUCUUCAUGGCAUCAGACGACUUGAAUUCCUCGUCAUCAGGGUUGCAGAUGACAAUGGGCUUGCCACCACGAGCAAUGACCUGCUGGUAGGCGUUGAGAGACUUGGUGAAAAUGUUGUCACGAGUAAGAAUCAUGAUGAUGGGCAAGUUCUCGUCAACGAGGGCAAGGACACCGUGUUUCAGCUCACCAGACAUGACAGCCUCGCAGUGAAGGUAGGAAAUUUCCUUGAUCUUAAGAGCACCCUCAAGGGCGGUGGAGAACUGGCUACCACGGCCGAGGAGCAGAAGAGACUUCUGAUUCUGGAAGACCUUCUGGCAGAGUUCCUUGAUGGGCUGGUCAAGCUCGAGGAUAGCCUUGAUCUGGCCAGAGAUGGCAUCGAGACCGGCCAUGAUCUCCUCACGGCGCUCCUUCUUGGAAGCACGGUCCUCGCUAAGAGACAGGGCAAACAUGACCAUGGCAAUGAACUGAGAAGUGUAUGCCUUGGUGGAGGCGACACCGAUUUCAGGACCGGCGUUGACGUGAACACCACAGUGGGUCAACAUGGAGAUGGAAGAGCCAACAACGUUGACAAUACCGACGGUCAGGGCUCCGCGCUCCAAGCAGUAGCGGAGGGCCAUGAGGGAGUCAGCAGUCUCACCAGACUGUGAAACGAAGAUGCAGGUAUCGUCACGGAAGACGGGGGCCUCGCGAUCAAGGAAAUCAGAAGCAAGUUCGACCGCAAUAGGGAUCUCAGCCAGCUCCUCAAAGAUACCACGGACAGCCAUGCAAGAGUGGUAGGAGGUACCGCAAGCGAUGAAAAUGAUUCUGCGGCAGCGGCGGAUGGUAGGCAGAUAUGUGCGAAGACCACCAAGAGUGACAGUCUUGUUGCCGUUGUCGAGACGACCACGCAUGGUGUUGACAACAGACUCAGGCUGCUCGAAAAUCUCCUUUUGCAUGAAGUGUUCGAACUUGCCCUUCAUGAUCUCCUGGAGCUCAAGCUCAAGGGUCUGAAUGGCACGGACGUUCGAAGUACCAUCAACCUUCUUGAGACGGUGAAUGUUGAGCGAACCCUCGUGGAUGUGGGCAAUAUCGUCGUCCUCGAGGUAGAGGACCUUCUUGGUGUGCUCAACAAUGGCGGAGGGGUCGGAGGAGAGGAAGAACUCGGUGGGCAUGGGCAUGCCAUCGUCGGUCAUAAAGGCGCGAGACUGAGAGCGGUGGAGGAGCGACUUGUCAGCGGCACCGAGGAGGCCGUUGUUGGGGGCGAGGAAGUUGGACGCGUUCUUCUUGAGAGCAACGUUCUGGGAGGCAGCCUCGGCAGGGAGGGCAGAGUUCUCGUCGGCGAACUCGACGUCGACAAAGUCAACCUUCAUGCGGCGCUGGGUCUUGACACCAAUGACGAGGGGAGAACCCUUACGGGCGGCAAUGACCUCGUGGGGGUAGUGAACAGACUUGAUGAGGAGACCGUAGGCACCCUCAAGCUCCUGGAUAACAGCCUUGGCAAGCUCAGUGAAGCCAAUGGAGGGAUCCUGGUCGUAGAUGUACUUGGUGAGCUUGGCAAUGCACUCAGUAUCAGUCUCGGUCUCGAACUUGAAGCCCUUGCUGGCGAGCAAGGUCUUGAGCUCCUUGUAGUUUGUGAUGAUACCAUUGUGGACAAUGGAGAAUUCCCAGUUAGGGUCAGAGC